GCAAUCGAGUCUGGGUCUAUCGAGUUGUGCAAAACGCUAUUAAAAUUAGGUGCCAAUGUGAAUUCUCCCAAUCGAUCUGGCGAAACUCCUUUGCACUAUGCAGCAAUGCACGCUCAGCCUGCCAUAUGUGUGCUGCUGGCAGAGCACGGAGCACAUCUCUACUCCCAAACCAACGAGGGCCAAACCCCGCUUCAUCUGGCUAUCGAAACGGCCAGUUACAACACGUGUUUCAGUCUAGUCUACGAAGUUGGAGCAGAUGUCAAUGCCACUAACCGACUAGGUGAAACUCCUUUACAUCGUGCGGCCAUGUUUGCAUAUUUUGAUAUCUGUGAGCUACUGGUCAUGUGUGGGGCAUUGAUCAAUGCCAUCUCACAUGUAGGAGCUACACCUUUAGAUUUUGCCAUGGCCGAG